AUGUGCCGUCCAUUACCAAAGGGAGGUAUCGCCAUUCGGACCCUUCCUGUUUUCCUGGGCAAGUUGAACAGGGCCGUUGGACUAGGUAGCCAGGGGACACUCAGUGAAGAUGAACUCCGAGAGUUCGAAUCAAUGUACUUGGAAACCGGACUCGACAUGGAGGUUCAUCUCAGUCCGUUUGCGACGUCGAUGACCUUAGAGUCCCUGAUAGCCCGUGGUUAUGAGGAAAGAGUGAUGUUGAGCACAUACCAUGGCUUUGUGGACAAACUUUUAGACGGAUCUGCAACGACAAGUACGUUCGACAAGGUCACGAUUCGUCAAAUUCAGCAACCGUUAUCCACUCAUGAGAGGGAGCAAUUCAUUGAAUCAUCGAUUGCAGGAUUUCAAACCAACGGUCGCCCGCGAGAGUUGCUGGGCACGCUGGCUCGCAUCGCAACGGAGCGGACAGAUACGGCGUUGUUUGUUACCCGGAUCGACGAUCAGAUUGCCGGGUCGGCGGCAAUGGCCAAAAUUGAGUCUUACAAGGGAGAUGAGGCCGUGGCCUAUCUGUAUCUGGACAGCACGCUGCCCGAAUAUCGCGGCCGCGGCGUGCAACAAGCUGUCAUCCAGGCUCGUAUCCAUGCAGCCCAAUUUGAGGGACUCUCCCUACUUACGACCACGACCACUGUGAACGAUGGCAGCGCGCGUAACGCGGAGCGCGCAGGUCUGAUUGCAGCAUACACGGCGCCCGUUCUCAUUCGACCAGCUUCAAUUCAGCCGGGCGUUAUUCCCUUGCCUAGUGUUGCGGAAAGUGCCUCAUCGGUCAGAACACGAGAGAAAUAA